CCGUGCUGUCUCGAUAAUGCGUCAAACAACCCGUCGGGAGAGAGUCGACGAAUCGAGCCGCUCCAGAGUCUUUCCGUGUUGGAAACGUGUGAACGUUUCGGGGCGAGGCGACCGUGGAGGACCGCAGUGAACGGUGUUUUACUGCAGCAGAUCCAGGGAGAGGAACCUGUUUGCUUUCCACUACAGGUGCAAGACAAUGGAGAUGAAAGUCGACCAGCAGAACGAAGACCUCACAUUCAGCAACACAGACACUAAUGGUAAACGCCCAGCUGAGGACAUGGAUGAAGAGCAGGCCUUUAAACGUUCACGCAACACAGAUGAGAUGGUGGAGCUGCGAGUGCUGCUGCAGAGCAAAAAUGCUGGUGCUGUUAUUGGAAAGGGUGGCAAGAACAUAAAAGCCCUACGCACAGACUACAAUGCCAGUGUAUGCCCAGACAGCAGUGGCCCAGAGCGGAUCCUGAGUGUGAAUGCCAGCAUCGACACCAUCGGAGAGAUUCUGCUGAAAAUCAUACCGACUCUAGAGGAGUACCAGCAUUACAGUGAUGAUUUUGAUUGUGAGCUUCGCCUGCUGAUCCCAUCAGAGCUUGCUGGGGGCAUCAUCGGGGUGAAAGGUGCCAAGAUAAAGGAGCUGAGAGAGAACACCCAGACAACCAUCAAGUUGUUCCAGGAGUGCUGUCCACACUCCACUGACAGAGUCGUCUUGGUGGGAGGAAAACCAGAGCGAGUCAUUGAAUGUAUAAAAGUGAUCCUGGAGCUGGUGUCAGAGGCACCAAUUAAAGGUCGCGCCCAGCCUUAUGACCCAAACUUCUAUGAUGAGACAUACGACUACGGCGGUUUCACGAUGCUCUUUGAGGACAGGGGCAGACGACCCAUCGGUGGCUUCCCCAUCCGUGUGCGUGGGGGUUUUGAGCGAAUGCCCCCCGUUCGUGGUAACAGACCCAUGCCUCCCUCCAGAAGGGACUAUGACGACAAGCCCCGUCGGGGUCCUCCGCCCCCUCUGAGCAGAGGAGGACGAGGAGGAAGCCGAGCACGUAAUCUGCCUCUUCCCCCGCCACCACCGCCAAGAGGAGGGGGAGACAGGUUUUCACAUGGCAGCUAUCAUGGCAGCAUGGAUGACAGACCGAGUGACAGAAGAGGCCGAGGCGACCGUUAUGACAGCAUGAGUGGAGGUGGAUAUGACAACAAUUCUUCCUGGGAGCACUUUCAGUCUGGUGGUAGAGGCUCAUACAGUGAUAUCGGAGGCCCAGUUAUCACAACGCAAGUCACCAUCCCCAAAGAUCUGGCCGGCUCCAUCAUCGGCAAGGGCGGCCAGAGGAUCAAGCAGAUCCGCCACGAGUCCGGGGCAUCCAUCAAGAUUGAUGAACCACUAGAGGGCUCUGAGGACCGAAUCAUCACCAUCACAGGGACACAGGACCAGAUCCAGAACGCCCAGUACUUGCUGCAGAACAGCGUGAGGCAGUACUCCGGACGGUUCUUCUAGGAAGAAGGAAGUGAAGAAGAAGAGUGAAGCCAUGCUGCCAUACUGUUUGCUCCCUCUAUUCAGAGCCUACAUUCCUCUGCUUUGGGUAGAUAUGCCCCUUCCCUUCACUAGAACACACUACACCACCUAUCAAUACAGUGCAAUUCUUAUUUAGAGGACUUCUGAGAAAUCUUAAGCUGUCAAACAGCAAACAAAGAGUCAACAACAUGUUCCUGUGCUGGUGUAAUUAUUAUUUUUUUGGCGAUUCUUGUGCCGUCACUGGAGUAAACCCACGUGUGAUGACUUUCGUUGUUGUGAGCCGCCCCUGGCCCUUUUCUCCUUUAUGCAGCAUGCAGAAUGUAAUCUUUUUGUUAGAAACAUUACGUGAGUUUUAGUUUGCUUUUUUUUUUUUUCUUUUAACCUGUAAAUUUCAAGCACACUAUCCAAAUGAAGUUGCAUGGUCUUGGAACGGUUGAAGAACCAUUUAAGUACACUUUAAUUUGUACACAACCUCCAAAACCCUUUUUCACUGUUAAAUGAAGUGCUUUUUGUAAGACGGGCUUUAAUGGGGUAGUUUGGGAAAUAUUGUUAUUCAGUCUUUGAGUGGAGAAAAUGGAGAUACUCAGAUGUGGAAAUGUGUUUUUUCUUCAGUUAGCCUGGAUCUAGGGUGGCUAAAGUAAAAAAGUACAAACUGAGUACCUUUGUGAAGCUAACUAGUUUACGUUGGACUAAUAUAAUAGCAAAAUUAAAACUAGAGAGUCACUGACCGCAGUCUUUACAGUAUAUAUGAAGCUUCACACCGCAGACAGGCUGCUUUUUGUAGCUGAAAAAGGUUAUUACAUAAUCCACCUCUCAGCCUCUCUGAGUUGAUGAUCUCCAUCAGAAAAGUGAAUUAACUUGUUUCCCAAAAAGUCCAACUCCGCUUUAAGUUGGGAUAAAUGUACCAGUGUGGUUAUAGCAAAAAGAACAUUUUUAGAAUUUUUGUCUUUCAUUGAAAGACAAGGAGUUGUAUAAAGUGUGUGUAUGUAUAUAUAAACUGUAUAUUUACAUAAAAACAGUCAUAUCAUGAGUGAUUAAAUUGGCCCAGACUGCUUAAUCAUUUUUUGAAAGAAGAUGGGGCCAAAAGAUAGGUUUGGUAUUCUUUUGUUCUCUUUCCAUAGAUUCCUUUUCUACCACUCACAGGGAUGGACUCGCUGUAAUGCAACCUUAACGUCUGAUCUGUUGGAUGCAGUUAUUCGUGCAUUACUUUUGACCCUUCAUAAGCCUUUUUUAAAAAAAUUUGAAAUGAUCUCUGAAGAUGCAGUUUGAUGUGAAGAGCUUUGUGAGUCCAUGGGUGGUGAUUUCUGUACCUCUGUGUCCGAUAUCUGUAGUAAAUGCAGGUGUUUAGUAAAUAAAGUCUGUGUUACAGUUCACAAAA